UCUAGUCGUAUGUCGCACGUGUGCAUGAAAUUUCCAAUUGGAAUGUUUAACAUUUUGAGAUAAAGCCGUCUGAAUUAUAUGAAUCGUUCAUAACUUUAUCUGCAAUCUAAUAAACAUGGGAAAGCUGGACGUAAAGAUAUUGCGGUAUUUAACCGCGGAAUACUUUCGUGUUUUGACAGCGAUUGAAAUGGGUAUGAAAAAUCAUGAACUUGUACCUGCUCUACUUGCCGCACAAAUAGCGAAUCUGCGUUACGGUGGAGUUCAUAAAUUGCUCAAAGAAAUGUGCAAAUACAAAUUGCUUAGUUACGAACGAGGCAAGCGAUAUGAUGGUUAUCGCUUGACGAACAGAGGUUAUGAUUAUUUAGCCUUGAAGGUCUUAACACAAAGAGGAACAAUAUGUUCCUUUGGUAAUCAGAUCGGCGUUGGCAAGGAAUCUAAUAUUUAUGUUGUCGCUAACGAGGACGAGACAUCGCUUUGUCUAAAGUUACACAGACUGGGUAGAACGUGCUUUCGAAACAUCAAAGAAAAAAGAGAUUACCAUCAGCACAGACAUUCCGCAUCUUGGUUGUACUUGUCAAGAAUUGCUGCAACCAGAGAAUUUGCAUAUAUGAAAGCACUUCUGGAUAGAGGUUUCCCUGUACCAAAACCAAUUGACUUCAACAGGCAUUGUGUUGUUAUGGAGCUGGUUGAAGGUGGACCUUUGUGUAAUGUAAAUGAAGUAAACAAUGUGGAAGCAUUGUACGACGAGCUCAUGGAUUUGAUUGUUAGACUGGCGAAUCAUGGUGUUAUACAUGGAGAUUUCAAUGAAUUUAACAUAAUGAUCAAAGAUAAUGGCAAGCCUGUUAUCAUUGAUUUUCCGCAGAUGGUUUCUACAGAGCAUGAAAACGCAGAAGCCUACUUCGAAAGAGAUGUGAACUGUAUCCGUGAUUUCUUUAAGAGACGUUUUGGGUAUGAGAGCGAACUAUAUCCAACUUUUCAAGAUAUAUCGUAA